ACCACUCACCGUUCGUGGCCUUGAGGGGGUGGGGACCCCAGGGCUGGACACACCCCACUGUGGCCCCAGUGCCCAGCCGGUCAGACAGACGCACAGUCGGACACAGGACCUCGGAGCCCUGAGGUGGGCAGUGUGCCAGGGUCCCUCACAGCCUCUCCAAGCCCCAUCCAGGCUAUGGGCAUCAAGACAGCAUUGCCCGCAGCUGAGCUGGGCCUCUACUCCCUGGUGCUGAGCGGGGCCCUGGCCUACUCCGGCCGGAGCCUCCUGGAGGCUUCUCAAGAUGGGGCCCACAGGAAGGCCUUCUGGGAGUCUGUGCGACCAGGCUGGGAGUACAUUGGCCGGAAGAUGGAUGUGGCUGACUUCGAGUGGGUGAUGUGGUUCACCUCCUUCCGCAACGUCAUCAUCUUUGCCCUCUCUGGACACGUGCUGUUCGCUAAACUCUGCACCAUGGUUGCCCCCGAGCUCCGCUCCUGGAUGUAUGCCGUGUAUGGGGCCCUGGCCGUGGCAGGCACAAUGGGCCCUGGGUACCUUCUGCUGCUGCUCAGCCACUGCGUGAGCCUCUAUGUGGCCUCACUCUUGGGCCAGCCCUGGCUCUGUCUUGGCCUUGGCCUGGUCAGCCUUGCCUCCUUCAAGUUUGACCCCCUAAUCUCCUGGCAGAGCGGGUUUGUAACAGGCACUUUUGAUCUUCAAGAGGUGCUGUUUCAUGGGGGCAGCGGCUUCACAGUGCUGCGUUGCACCAGCUUCGCAUUGGAGAGCUGUGCCCGCCCCGACCGCCGCUAUUCCCUAGCCGAUCUGCUCAAGUACAACUUCUACCUGCCUUUCUUCUUCUUCGGACCCAUCAUGACCUUUGACCGCUUCCAUGCUCAGGUGAGCCAGCUGGAGCCCGUGCGGCCCAAGGGCGAGCUGUGGUGCAUCCAGGCCCAGGCGGGACUCAGUGUGGUGGCCAUCGUGGCCGUGGACAUCUUCUUUCACUUCUUCUACAUCCUCACCAUCCCCAGUGACCUCAGGUUCGCCAACCGUCUCCCAGACAGUGCCCUUGCUGGCCUGGCCUAUUCAAACCUGGUGUACGACUGGGUGAAGUCGGCUGUGCUAUUCGGUGUUGUCAACACCGUGGCGCGCCUCGAUCACCUGGAUCCGCCCCAGCGUCCCAAGUGUAUCACAACGCUCUACGUCUUCGCAGAAACGCACUUCGAUCGUGGCAUCAACGACUGGCUCUGCAAGUACGUCUAUGACCACAUUGGUGGGGAGCACUCUGCAGUCAUCGCAGAGCUGGUGGCCACCAUGGCCACAUUUGCCAUCACCACUCUGUGGCUGGGGCCUUGUGAGAUUGUCUAUCUGUGGUCAUUCCUUAACUGCUUUGGCCUCAACUUUGAGCUCUGGGUGCAAAAGAUGGCAGAGUGGGGACCCCUAGCACACAUCGAGGUGAGCAGCGACAGUCUGGGGCUGGGUUGGCUGAGUCACUGGAGGGGCAGCACUGUUGCUCUCUGGAGUCAUCCAGCCACAUUUGGUCUCUGGUCCAGAACUUUCACCCUCCUGGUUGUCAGGGCAGUGGCUCAUCCUGUGGGUAUGUGGCCCUCCUUACCCUCUGCCUGUCUUCUCCAUCUCUGGGCCACUUUCCAGAACAAGGACAACUGGGGGGACCUGAACAAGGACAACUGGGGGGUGUGGUGCACACAGGCCGGCUGUGUUGGUCAGGUCCUGCUCUCUCGGGACCUCAGUUUCCCCAUCUAUAACAAAGAGAGAGAGCCAGCCUGGGACUCCCAGAGCCUCAGGCAUAUCCCUGGGACCCGGGUGGCCAUGUAGGUAAGGCCACUGACUACCAACGUCCUCUUUCCUCCGGGCGUCUUGCCUCACUGCUGAUGCUUCCGUGAACCGGGCAGGCCUCUCUGUCGGAGCAGAUGUCCCGCAGGGUCCGGGCUCUCUUUGGGGCCAUGAACUUCUGGGCCAUCAUCAUGUACAACCUUGUGAGUCUGAACAGUGUCGAGUUCACAGAGCUGGUCGCCC